GCUUUUCGUUUGUUUCUGUAUGCACGGAGCGGGGGUGCGGCCUAGGAAAGACAGCGGAUUUACAGCCUUCAAAAACACCACAAGCUGAUUUUUAAUCAACCCCAAUCCAUGAUAGUAAACCUCAGAGUGGCACCCGGUUCUGAAAAAGGGUUGCACCAAAUCAGACGGUGAUGUAGAAGGUCAGGCUCCUUAUUUGAGUUAAAAUCUGUUGUCCCAGACAUUACAACUUUGAAGCUCAUUCCCUCAUCAGUUUGCUCUUUUUCAAGAGCCAAAAAGUGUUCCAGAAAGCAUUAUUAGAUACUUUUUUCUUUAUUUGUCGUCUUCACAAGAGCUGUCAAAAUAAGUUCCUCUCUGCCACCCCACCUUUCCCACCGCGGGCAGUCCAACAAUCCCUUCCCCCUGGAUUCGCACGGUAAGAGGUCCAACUACGGCUCAAAGCUGAAUCCGUACACCAGAGCCCGGAUGACGGAGGCGUGGCAGCAGCAUGCUGUUGCCCCGCCUCCAGUGGUGCAUACCAUACCGCCAGGGGCAGAUGCCCUGGGCUGCACCGUCUACGGCAUCGUCCUCCAGCCGGACACGGCACUGCAGCAACAACAGCAGCAACAGUCCCAGCAGCAGCAACAACAGCAGCAGCAUCACAGUCAACAGCACAACCAGCAGCCGCAUCCGGCACAAGCGCAGCAGCCUUCCUUGCAUGUAGGGAAUGAGGGCGGGCACAAGUGUGGUGCAUGUGGUCACGACAUUUCCCAUCUGGCUAAUCCACAUGAGCACCAGUGCAUGGUAAGCCAAGACCGUUCUUUUCAGUGCACGCAGUGUCUGAAGAUCUUUCACCAAGCCACCGACCUCUUGGAGCACCAGUGCGUGCAGGUGGAACAGAAACCCUUUGUGUGCGGAGUGUGCAAGAUGGGCUUCUCCUUGCUAACUUCGCUAGCACAGCAUCACAAUGCCCAUAACAGCAGCAAUCCCAUGAAAUGCUCCAUAUGUGAAAAAACUUAUCGGCCAGGCUCCUCGGGAAAUGCUACGCCCACAUCAACUUCUGGCAACCCAGGACAGCCGUCCAAUGAUGAAGCAUCAUCCAGUGGCAGCACUGCUGUUGGGACAUCCGGCCAGCCUACAUUUGAGCCUUCACAACCUGAUAGGCCCUAUAAAUGUUCGGUGUGCUCUAAGGGCUUCCGUCAUUUGUCUGAGUUAACCCGUCACGAGCGUGUCCACACGGGUGAGAAGCCAUUUAAAUGUGAAACAUGCGACAAAAGCUUCAGCCAGUCCUCUCAUCUAGCCCACCAUCAGCGUACCCACAGCUCCGAACGGCCAUUCAAGUGUGCCGUGUGUGAGAAGAGCUUCAAGCACCGCUCUCACCUGGUCCGUCACAUGUAUGCCCACUCUGGCGAGCACCUGUUCAAGUGUAACCUUUGCGAGUUGCAUUUCAAAGAGUCUUCCGAGCUCCUGCACCACCAAUGUCAGCCGCAAGGUGCUCGGCCAUUUCGGUGCGCCACAUGCGGGAAGGGCUUUAAGCGUCCAUCCGACCUGAGGCAGCAUGAACGCACCCACUCGGAAGAACGGCCGUUCCACUGUGAAGAUUGCCAGAUGAGCUUUAAGCAACAGUAUGCCCUGGUGCGACAUCGACGCACACACAAGGCCUCUGCCGACCGACCCUUCAAAUGCAACUUGUGCGACAAGGGCUUCCUGCAGCCGUCCCACCUGUUGUACCACCAGCACGUUCACGGCAUGGACAACCUCUUCAAGUGCGCCUCCUGCGGCAAGGGCUUUAGUCAAUCUGGGGAGCUGCUGCGUCACAAAUGUGGUGAGUCCUCCUCGACACCCACAAAUCCAGACAAGCCCUACAAGUGUGACGUGUGUGGAAAGGCUUAUAAAAAGGCGACCACGCUACAGCGGCAUCAGAAUUCGCACUGCACUGAGAAGCCUCUAAAAUGUUCGCUGUGUGACCGACGCUUCCUGUCCUCCUCGGAGUUUGUGCAGCACCGAUGCGACCCAUCCCGGGAGAAGCCCUUAAAGUGUCCUGACUGUGAGAAGCGCUUCAAGUACUCCUCGGAGAUGCAACGGCACAGACGCGUCCACACCGGCGAGAAGCCCUACAAGUGUGCCAGUUGCGACAAGGGCUUCAAGCAGCGUGAGCACUUGGCCAAGCAUCAAAGUGUGCAUGCGAGAGAUGCCCAGUUCAAAUGUGUGUGGUGCGGAGAGCGUUUUGCCGAUCUAGGAGCACUCCAGGAGCAUACAGUUCAGCACACGGCCGAAGGUGGGGGCUACCCUGUUUCCUCUCUCAUUCAAUAAGCUGUGCCCUCCCACCCCCAUCUUCAAGGUAAAAGCAAAACUCACCAAGCUGACCCCUUUUAUCAAAACUGUUUGCCUAGUGAAAUUCUUGUUUUAUUUAACUGUCCUAUCAAUGAGUCAAAGGCCCAACAACCUCAUUAACCCCAUUUUGUUUGAUACAUAUUUCCCAUUUGAUAUCAGGAGGCAUACAUCAAUAAUUUUAUUGGCUAUGUUAUGUAGUGGUUAGAGAGAGACAAAGGAUAUGUUACAAGUUGAAAAAUUUAAACACAAUACCCUAACUGAACAUAAUGUAUUGUUGGUUUUUCUAUGGAUUUUGCAAGAAGAGUAACCAAUUACUCCUAGUCCUGUAGGGCAGCUUUUGCUGAUCAUUGUGAAUUUUAAGUGGCUCCUUUGCCAGACAUGGCUCACAACCAAUUUAAAUGACUCGUACAGUGAGAUCUUACAAUGCCCCUAUCAAUUCUGUAGACCCCAAGGCAAAAAAGGUUUAUAGUAAAUAAUGUAAUUGAGAUGGCUCUUUGAGUGCCUGUUGUCUGAUGAGUCUAUUCAUACACAUGUAACAUCUAUGAAUAAGGAACUAUACUCCAAUCACUAACCUCACUCCUCCUAAUUAGUAGCUAACAGAUACGACAAAAACAAAAAGGGGGUCAGAAUUGUGCUCUUAUGAACUAUGUCUGUAUGUGUCUAUGUUGAAGUUCCCCUUGUUGUGGCAAAUAAAGGUACGUACCAAAAACCAUCAAUGUACUGUACCACACCGCUAAAUGGGACAGAUUGUUAACCAGCGGAAGUAUAAAUGACCUCAGAAGGUCUUUAUAUUUCACUGAGAUUAUACAUAAUAUAUACAGUAGAAUCUAUAUAGAAAUGUAAACUUCACUCUUGUAUACAAACAGUUCAUAUUCCCACAAGAAUCAGUUCAGCUGUCCUAAAAAUUGCUGAAAAACCUGAAAAGGCUUCCUGUAUUACUGUAUGUACAUAGUAUGUAUGCAACUUGUUUACUAGUCCUGUCAUUAGAUAUUGCGUUGUCUUUCUUAAACUGCACCACAAUUUUAUAAGUAGUUUUUCAUUAUGUGAAGUUUUGGUUCAUACAUUCUUUUCGUUUUUGUUUCUGAUUUACCUUUUAAAUUAAUUUCAGCCUCUUUGUAGAUGUAGUUUGGAUUGUAAUGUGUUCAGGGUUGUGUGAAAGUUGAGUCUGUCUUUUAUAAAGGUUUUUGCCCCUUGUUUUUUUUUUUUAAUUAUUGUUUUAUGUAGGGGUCCUGUUUGAUUUAAAGGUAACAACAGUGAUAACAUUCGAUUUAUUAUGAAUGAAAUACUCUCCUUUUUUAAUUUUAGAAGAUGCAGGCGCAUUUAACAGUAGUAAAAAAAAUUUUUAUUUGAAUAGAACAAACUGUGCAAGUCUUGAUUUGCCUCACCUUUUCCAACUUUCAACCCCUCCCACCCUAAAGUUCCCAUCAAAAUGUCCCACCAAAAUGUCCCACCAUAGCCUGGGGCAAAAACAUUCUCUGCUCUGUUGCUUAUGCAGUAUUAUAUGCAUUGACUGGCCCUUGAAAACAUCUCAGUCUAGCUGUUAGGUUUCACCUAGGACUGUACAAUGGGGUUAGAGGUGACAUUUUGGCCUUAAUAUUCCCCCACAUCCCAUUUAUUGUAUCUAUAUCCAUUGUUUAAAACAAACACACACAAAAUGAGGGGCAUUUUUUUAAAAAACUGUAGGCAUUAAGAAUCAAAAAACAGUUGGGAUUUGAAUUUUUUUUUAAAGGAUGUCGUGUUUUUUAUGUUUUCAUGUUUGUAUAUUACUUUUUUAGUAAUAUUGUUUAAAAUCUUUAUAUAAAUAUCUAUAUUCUUAGCAGAAGUGUCAGGACCAUAGAGGAGGGUAAAGGGAGAUUUAGCUAUACCUUCGUCUACCAGCUCAAUGGAAUUAAAUGGCCUUCCUCUAUGGUUUUGAGACCUCGCCACCCCCGUGCAUGCCUGCUGUGUUAGUUCCUGUAAUCUGUUCCAAGUAUUUGCGUUUCUGAGCGCACAUACUUCUUAGCUUUUUUCAAAUUGUAGAUUGUGAAUGAGCUAGUAAGAAAACUUCAUGUGGCGGUUGAUGUGACAUUCAUGCUCAAAUAUCUGUAUGUAGCAUUUAAUAUACACAGCACUAACCAAUAAACCUUUUAUUAAUAAUG